CCACCUCAACCAUAAAACAGAUGGAGGACCUCCACAAUUAUUGCCGAUUGACCAUGCUCUGCACCAUACAUACCUCGUCCUUCCGAAAUGCCUGCUCGGGAAAUACAGACCUGCACACGCUGCAAGGACUCCAAGCGCCGAUGUGACAAGCGCAAACCAAGCUGCACGCGAUGCCACCGUGCGGGCCAGACUUGCAUCUACCCAGAAAACGCACCGAAAGAAAAUUCAAUUGAGCAUCAAACUGGACUGUUGAGUCCCUCUUCCAGUAGCCAUCCAAGCCCACUUGAGACAGAAUCAGCACCUGGACGACUCGUCAAGAAAAGGGACCGCGCAACCUUGUCUUGCACAAGGUGCCAUCGGCUCAAGGUGAAAUGCGACAAGAGGCAACCUUGCUGCAGCCGAUGCGCUCGGCUGGGACAUGGACGGGACUGCAUGUAUACACACAAGAUAGAGCCUCCGACCUCCGCUGGUCCUUUUGUGGUCGAUGGCGAUGAUGCGGAAACGAUCGUCAGCCUUUGGUUUCUACGCAAGAGGGGUUCGAGUCAUUGGAAGAUUCUUUUGACCAGGCUUGAGUCGCUCUCUGGUCUUGGAGAUCCCCCGUUUCAAUGGCUAUCAAUCUCGGUCCGCGCACACAUGCAAGGCGACUGCAGUAAGGACUUGGCCCUGCCUGGCAAUUUCCCAUUCGGAUCAACGGAGUCCAUCCCCUUCCGCUCACCACCAGAAGUUCAAAGACUAAUCGAAAGCCAUCGUCAUAUGGCUUCCUCUUACUUGGAAAGUUAUUUCGCGCUAUAUGCCUGCACUCAACUGUUCGACAAUUCGAAAUUCCAAGAGGAGGUACAUCAAUUUUGGCAUACACCAGAGAAGUUCGAUCUGAGUUGGCUUGCUCAAUACCUCGCCGUCCUAGGCCUGGGUGCAUCUGCCACAGGCGUCGAAGAUAAGGUCGCUGCUGAACUGUUCUUCGCCAGCGAAGCCUGUCUCGCACAAACCCCAUACAUGUAUCGUUCUACAGUGGCGAACAUCCGGACCUUGUUCUUACAUGUUCAAGCCAAACAGGUUUGUUAUGCAACAUGCUGGGCUCUUGACGCGUCCUGGAAUGUUGUUGGACUCAUUGUUCGUCUGUCCAUAAUGAUGGGACUACACAGAAGUUGGAUCCCGGAGCCAGACGAGAUGCCCAGUAUCUUCGAAGAGAGGGUGCAACGUAAACGCUUAUGGAACGCGGUUGUCAAGAUGGACAUCCAAACAUCGCUUGUCACCGGGCAGGCAUCUCCAUUGCCAGCCGAUGCAUUUCUCGCCAAUGCCCUAGACAACAUCCAGGGUCUGCCACACAAUAGCUGCGACCUCAUACCUGCUUCUUACCCUCUCAUAUACGAAAUUCUCACCAGACUUAACACUAGCAUGGAGAUGAUAUCAUAUGAAGAGGUCAUGCAUUACGAUACAGAAGUAAGGCGAAUUAUGCGACUGGCUAUCGCAGCUGCGGAAAACGAGAGCUAUGUCAUGCGCACAACGACCGACAUCUUCUUUCGGCGAGUGCUCAUGGUGCUACACCGAUACUACGCGUUAGAUCCGGACGCCCCGAACAUCUACCCCACGUCGUAUUGGUCUUCUCUCGAGUGUUGCCUAGCGCUUAUCGUCCACCAGCGGGCAAUGAUGGCGCAGUGCGGAGCAUUGCCAGGUAAUGUUCACCUGGUAGCCCGGCCUUUCAUGCUUGAUUUCUUCGCAGCAGCCUUGACCACAUGCAUCCAUCUACUAUCCGUCGACGCACCACUAUCCACUACUGUUGGAUCAGCGAACCCAAUCCCUCCUCGUCGGACCAUUGUGGAAACCCUCGAAUCCUGUCUGGAAAUAUUCGCUCGGGAGAGCAGUCACUCUGUCUGCUUCGGCACCGGGUACCGACUAAUGAGUGUUGUGUUUGGAUUGGUACCUAAGUGUACCGCGUGAGCACAUCCUGCAAGCGGAUAUUGCAAGAAACAUGUCCUAGUUUGGCACCUUUCAAUCCAAUUCGUAUCAAUGCUCCUAGUUACUGGAAGACGGUCGGUCAUCAUGCAGAUGGUGUGGGAUGCCGCCUUGAGAAAAGACUUGCAACCUUGUGUUCGCAGGCUUCAGCCCGACGCAGUGACGACCAGAGCUUCGUUAAAGCUAUCUGUAGAUUUUCAAUUACCUUAUGGAAAUAAAUUAGUCAU